AUGGUCCAGGAGGUCAGUAUUAUUUCAGACCCGGUCAUGCUGCAUGUGUGGUCCUGUUUGCAUAAUUAUGCAUAUGAGGAUGCACUUUUUGCUGCUGAGCGUUUGUACGCUGAGACGCGCAGCAGCGAAAGUUUGUACCUUUUGGCCACUAGUCUUUACCGUAUUGGCCGACCUAAGCAGGUCAGCCGAUUACUCACGUCCACAGAAUCACUCACUCCAAAAAGCCGUUACUUACUGGCCAAGUGUUAUUUCGAUUUUGGACUCCUGAGUGAGGCGGAAGAUGCUCUUCUGGGUCACACACUCUCCCCGAAGUCGGUUGAUGAAGUUGCUCAGCUAUAUGAUGAUCAGGCCGGAUUUGCAAUUCUUCUCCUUGGAGAUAUUUGUCGUCGGCAGGGGCGAGCCCAUGAUGCGUCGAAAUGCUACAAGAAAUGCCUUGAGUUGAAUCCGAUGAUGUGGAGCGCGUUCAAACGUCUGUGUGAUAUUGGUGAAUCUCCCAAUCCCCUGUCUUGUUUUCAGGCUCGCGAUGGGCUUGCAUUCCCCACUCCAACUUUCCAAGUUGUUCACCAGGCAGUGGAUUUGGGUGUCACUCAGUCGGAACAUCGCACUUGGGUAGACCAAGCCGCUGCCGAAAAGAGUCGUUUAGAGGGCAUACUAUACAGGGAAAAUGUCAACCCGGAGAAAGGCUAUGAUGUUCCUAUUCCGUCGGGUAACGCGCAUCAUUCGAAGCCCCCUGAUUCUAUUGAUACCUCUGGACACCGGCGUACCUACGUAACUCACUGUGCGAAAGACUCGAAGGAUGACACUUCUAUCCAGUGUGUGGACCUUUUCCAGACGCCUCAGGAACGUUUACCUUACCCAACUGUACCCAAAGCUCCGAAACCUGAGCAUGCUGCUCGCUGCCUUGUCCAGUCACUUUUUUCGGGACAAGGGUCCAGCCUGGAGAUCACCAAUCCUGUCUCGCCCAAGUUCGGUCAGUUAGCCCUGCUUUCCCAAAGUCCACUGUUUGCGUGCGUCCCGGUUUUCCACAAGCUGCCCACGAAUCCUCCGUGUGACUCAGUAUUAUCCAACUCUACACGAUUUGGAACCAACCAGACUGCAACUAUCCGGACGGAUGUGCAGAACGAAAGCAGUGUAGCGCCUACACACAAUACCCGCACUGCUCUCCAUGGAUCCUCGGCUUCAACCACGAGUCGCAGACGCUCUAAAACAGGAGACCUUGAGACCACAAAGCUCCCGGCAUCCUCACAUGUUAGCUCUCUUGGCCCAACCAACAAGGCAUAUCUAGGUAUACACUCCAACAGUGAACAGACUACCUCAACACCCACUUCUGCAGCGACGGCUUUACGGCGCCUAAUAUUUUCACCCUCAACCACGUUUGUUACGAACUCAAGCAGUACUUCCCCAAAUCUGCGAUGUGAACCUCCAGUUCUACGUAGUACCACCCAAGGUAGUGUACCUUCAGGUUGCUCUGUUUUGACGCCGCGUGCAGGAUUACCCGUUAUAAACUUAAACAGUCCUAUUGGUGGUUUUGGGAGUUCUUCAUCCACUCCACGACCUGGACCCGCACAACACACUCCGCGCCGUGCCGCGUCCAACCAGUCAUUUCCUGAUGAAAGUCAGCCUACCGGACCGCGAACCCGAUCGCAAGUCGCCGCUGCUGCCGCCGUUGCUCGAGCGUCAGGCCUCCACAAACGACCUGACAAAUUGGUUCGCAACAAAGACGUUCCAAGGAAGCCGGAGGUACGGACCUGUUCCCAUACAGCUGUAACCAGCACUCUUAUCGACCACCAAGCUGGAGCUUCCAGUGAUUUGGUAGAGGGUCUGCAGCUUUCAGGAUCACCUGGCGCGGAUGAAUCGCAUCACAUGUCUUUUGGUAGCGAAUCUCAAUCUGGAGGGGUCAUUACACUGGAUAUUCUUGCCCCAACCUCGAGUGACGUACGCGUAACCUCGCUGCAAAAAUAUUUAAAGCUGUUGGGACACUUGGGUAAAGCUUACCAACUCUUGGUCCGACAUGAUUGGUCUGGAGCCACGCGGUUGAUCUCUAGGCUUCCGAUCGCCCAGCUGGCCACUGGGCGCAUAUUGGCAUGGGCAGCUCGUGCUCACAUGGAUAAUACAGAUUACACAACAGCUAGGCAGCUGUUUAGUGAAGCUCAUCGUCUGGAGCCCUGGCAACUAGUGGGAAUGGAUUUCUAUUCAACCGUUUUGUGGCAGCUGCAAGCUGAUCACGAAUUGUCCAAUCUCGCUCAUGAGCUUAUGGAGCUUGACCACAAUGCUCCUGAACCAUGGAGUGCUGCUGGGAACUGCUUUUCUUUACAAGGCGAACAUGAAAUAGCCAUCCGCUUCUUUCAGCGUGCUAUUCAAUGCGAUCAAUCCAUCUGUCAGUCCCUUAGUCAUUGUUCCGUGUUUGAACAAUCGCCUAGAAAAAUAAGCCGAAAUAAUCUUGUCUGUGUUGCAGUCUCCGGUGUCCAUGCCACCAGAAGGAAGUACGAGGGUUGGGACACUGCUAGUUUGCUCAAACCUAGACAGGGGAAGUCGAGAGGCAGAGGUCGGGUUCGAACUGGGAACCUUCAGGUUUGCCCAACCAAUGCUUACACCUAUACCUUACUUGGACACGAACAAUCCACACUCGAAGAAUUUGAUCGGGCCCUAACCGCGUUCAGACACGCUCUACGCUUGGACCCGAGACAAUAUAAUGCCAUGUUCGGUAUUGGGAACGUUUAUUACAAACAAGAGAAGUUCGAACUGGCUGAAACUCACUUGGCUCGGGCUGUUGCAUUGUUCCCCCAUUCGCAUUUGUUACUCACCAACUUGGGUGUGCUACGAGGUCGGCUGGGUCAUCUGGAUGAUGGUCCGGAAAGUGCCCUGGCCUUGGUGACCAAAGCCUGUCAAAUACAACCCAAUAACCCGCUUGCCCGUUAUCACCGAUCUUCUCUUCUCUUCCAUCUUGGAAGGUAUCCUGAGGUGCUGACGGAAUUGCAAAAGCUCCUGGUUCUCUGUCCUCGUGAAGCCAUGGUUUACUUGAUGAUUGGGCACACCUACAAAAAACUGGGCAACACUCCCCAGGCAAUGAUACACUACUCGUGGGCUAUGGGGCUGGAUCCGAAGGGAGCGAAUACUCAUCUCAGGGACAUUAUGACGAACCCACCAGUAACGGGACGGACUUUCUCCCGACGUGGAGUUAAUUCUAACGAUACUCUUGGAGUAGAAAACGGGGGUGCUGCCGGUCCAAGUAGAACCACGCGCUCCAGACUCGCUCCAUUGCCUGAUAGUGCGCAACCUGGGGGAGAUCUACCUGAAGAUAGCACUGACCGGGGUUUCCCAGAAACCGAUCAUUCUGUCGAGGACGAACCAAUGAAUGGAUUAUUCAACUUCGGUUCCGGCUCAUCCAGAGGCAGAAGUGGUCGUCGUUUAACAGAUUUCUCUCUGCUCUAUGACGCCGAAGAGUACGGUGAGGAUGCGAAAGAGCGUGAGGAUCACUAUGAAACAAUGGAUUUGAGUGGUGGGGUCGAAGAAGAUAGCGGCACCAGUCUUGUUGAUGACUAAUCCAGGAACCACAUAUCAUUCGAAAUAUUCAGUAUCCUUCAGCGCAUCCGGGAAGUUCAGAAUCCAUCCCCUCCCAAAACGCGGGUAUUCUUUGUUCACCACUACUGUACAUUACUUCGAACUCUCGCUUGCAAAUGAACCGAUUAACUUUGGAUUCAACUGUCCAUUUUAGCGUUGAUCUUAUGUGUUAAGGACUAUUCCAAUUCUAUCAUGAUUCUUCUGUUUGCUUUACGCGCUCCAAUGGAUUCCGUCUAACCGGUCGGAAGCACACCCCGAU